ACCUCACCAGCCUUUCUUCCAGCUGAGCAGGUCACCUUUCUGUCCCCCAAUUCGGUCACCCGAUUGAUGACAAAUCCCACAAUCCAGAUUCAGUAAGCCUACGUGGAUUCCAUAUCAUCGUCACCCUCCAAAGACACGCAGUACUCGGACCCCGCCGCUUCAACACCGUUUCUUUGCUGCCAAAUUUCAUCUUCAUAUCAAUUUCCCAGUGCAAAUUAAGCGUAAAAAUCCAUUCAAUCAUACUAUUCAACCAUGAAGGCUCGAUUGGUUGUGUUUCCUAUCAAAGGGAGGAACUGGUGUUUUAGCAGAUCCAUUGAUUCCGCGACAGUAGCCUCUCAAUCUUCCAACACUCCUUCCACCUUCAAAGACCUCUGGAAAACAAUUUUUUCUUCGCCAUAUAAAAGAAAUAACGCUUCUGAGGACUCGAAAGUUGAACUUCUUGUGGAUUUUUCUGCGAACAAGAUGAAUAGAGCUUGGACAAAUCUAGAGAAAGCGCCUCAAGGGACUUUGAAGAACAAGAUUCAUUGGAUGGGGUUGAAGCUGUUGUCACGGGUGAAGCCGACAGAGAUUUUAUUCAAAUCCAUUCCGAAGGAGCUUAAAUGUGUAGAGAUCACAUAUCCAUCGAGUUUGAAUCCACGACUCAUCCGCCGAAGAUUACGGCAUAUAGCCUUCAGGGGCUCAGUUGUUCACACGCAAUAUUUCUAUGGAUCAGCCAUAUUGCUGCCACUGACAUCAGUUUUUAUGUUUCUCCCAUUGCCUAACGUCCCAUUCUUUUGGAUCUUGUUCCGUAGUUAUUCGCACUGGAGAGCUGCAAAGGGAAGUGAGAAGCUUCUUCGUUUAGUCACCGAUGAUUCCACUUGUCCGAAUCAGCAUCUUGAGACGAAGACGCGUGAGCGUACAGCAUCAAACUCCGAUGAAGGAAGUGAUGAUUCUGCUGGUCCUCCGUGGGUUUUUGACCCCUCCAAGGAACUUGAUGAGAUUAUUGACCAUGAUGAUGCCAAUGGUCUUAGUAAAUGUAGUAUUAAAAAAAUCUGCGAGAAAUUCAAUUUGAAUACAAUGGAUGUUAUAAAGUACCAAGAUUCCAUGUAAUAGAAACUGUAUUUUCUAUGAACGAUUCCGUUAAAUUUUUCCAGUAAUUUUUGCCAGUUCCCGAUGGAAAUUGAACGAAAUUGAAGAGUACUUGGUGCAAUUAGAAAUACAUAAUUGAGAUCAGAU